AUGAUUGUCCGCAAGAGAACGGAUCAAACGCUCAUCUGUCUUCUCAUCGUUGUGAUGGCAGCGGCAGAGGUGCAGGAAAAGCUCUCACCUGAGUGUAAACAGUUCCUGUACAUGGGCACGGUGCCUCGGGGGCUCGAGGAGCAGCCUUUUAAGAAGAUCUGUCAGUUCUACGAGGGCAACCCGCGAUUUGUCACCCUGUACGACACCAUCAACCACAUCCCUGUGUAUUCUGCGUACACCUUCAAGCGCUCGGACGGCUCCAAGAAGGUUGAUGUGCCUUGGAUGUAUGAGCCACAGCUCUCCACAGUGUCUGGCUCUCGUGAGAUGCAGCAGUUCCCUUCAGAAAACAAUCACAAUAAAUUUGAGGAUGCUCAGGCCGUGCUUGACGACUACUCAAACUCGGUGAUCUUCGAACGUGGUCAGCUGAAUCCGGACGAGCACCAGGCCCACCCACAUGACAAAGCAUCCACCUACACCCUGACGAACGUGGUCCCUCAAGUCAGAGAGUUCAACGUUGGGGCCUGGAAGAACCACGAGCACACCAUCCGCAGGCGGCUCAACAACUACUGUCGCGGCACCGCCUAUGUGGUCACCGGGGUCACAACCUCGGGGCACACAAUCCGCCGCCACAACAUCAACCGCCUGGGCAUCCCCACCUACCUCUGGUCGGCCUACUGCUGUGUCGAUUUCGACCACAAUGCACCGUACUCGGAGCGCUCAAAGUUUCCUGCGUUUGCAGCUCAUGGGCUCAACGACAGGGAGGAUAAUACGGUUCAAGAGAUGACGGUGCAGCAGCUGGAAGAAUUCCUGAAGAAGGAAACUUAUGUUGGGAGCUCUUUCCAGAUCUUCUAUGACAACUGCGUGCCUCUUAAUAAUGCUAAUAGUGCCCUGCACCUGCCCUGA